AUGGACAAAGCGCUGUGCACACGCCUGGCGCCCGAGGACCCUCGUGGCCACCGUUUCCGCCUCCUGCAGGAGGACGCGCAAUGCACGUGGGGUCAGAGUCCUGUGUGGCCUCGCCCUGCAAACCCUCCUCUCCCAGUUCCCAGGAGCGUGGACAUCACCCAGCAGAUUAUCAUCGGCACUCCCGGGACAGUCCUGGACUGGUACUUCAAGCGGAAAUUAAUUGACUUGAGCAAGAUCCGUGUGUUUGUCCUGGACGAAGCAGAUGUGAUGAUCGCCACACAAGGGUUCUCAGAUCAGAGCAUUCGGAUCCAGAGGGCUUUAUCCUCCGAGUGCCAGAUGCUCCUCUUCUCGGCCACCUUUGAGGACUCCGUGUGGCAGUUUGCGGGGCGAAUCAUUCCCGACCCCAAUGUUAUCAAGUUGCGGAAAGAGGAGCUGACCCUGAACAACAUCCGGCAGUACUACGUGCUGUGCGAGAGCCGGAAGGACAAGUACCAGGCGCUGUGCAACAUCUACGGCGGCAUCACCAUCGGACAGGCCAUCAUCUUCUGCCAGACUCGUCGAAACGCCAAGUGGCUGACUGUGGAGAUGAUGCAGGAUGGCCACCAGGUGUCUUUGUUGAGCGGAGAGCUGACCGUGGAUCAGCGGGCUUCCAUCAUCCAGAGGUUUCGGGAUGGGAAAGAGAAAGUUCUUAUAACCACCAAUGUCUGUGCCCGAGGGAUCGAUGUGAAGCAGGUCACGAUUGUGGUGAACUUUGACCUCCCUGUGAACCAGUUGGAGGAGCCAGAGUAUGAGACCUACCUCCACCGCAUCGGGCGGACCGGGCGCUUUGGGAAAAAGGGCCUCGCCUUCAACAUGAUCGAGGUCGAUAAGCUGCCGCUGCUCAUGAAGAUCCAGGACCACUUCAGACCUCAUUCAUCUCCUCACUUCCUCCAAAGGAGCAGUGACUGAGCAGUGACCCCUGCGGGCCCUCUGGCCCUCCAGCCUCCUCCC